AUGGUGGCGCUGAAGUGCCCUUAUUACAGAGGUCAUGAUGCUGAACUGACCUGGACCAGUCACACUGGACAGGCGCUGGAUCUUAACAGCAACAUGUCAUCGGCUCAGCAGAGGCAGAUGGGGGUGCUGGUUCAUGGAAGGAGCCUUGUGAUACUUAGUGUCUCUGCAAACCGUCAGGGGAAUUAUUCAUGCUCACAUGGGUAAAGUAUAAACACACCCAAAAUGAUUAACAGCAUUCCUCUUCAGUCAAAUGACAAAUCAACUUGAAUGGCUUGCUGUAAAAAGAGUUUUUUUUUUAAGACUGGGCCUUAAAAUCUUCUCAUCUCUAAAAUUUGAUAGUAAGGAAUCAUUAUGAAAGUCUGUAUUAAAACUCUUCUUCACAUUUUUUAUGACAUGACAGGACUCCCAGGAGCCAGACCUGGUUCAAGCUGAUGGUUUAUCCCAUGCAGAGCAGGGAGUAUGAAAGAAAGACCACAUUCUCUACAACAUGUUACACUCAAGAGUCCUGCACGUUGUAUUGCCCUGAUGUUAAUACCCCUGAUGUGGCCACACCAAAUAUUACCAGCAAUGGCAUCAUAUGGCAAAAGGUAUUUCAACAUAGACUUUUAGAGUGGAUUAGUCAAAUCUUAAAGAUUAAUUCUGCUUGUAUGUUUUUUUUUUUACAUCAUAACUGUUUUAAUACUCCAAUACAGACAUGUUUCCCCUCUGGAUUUUGAGCUUAAAUCUUGCCUUAACAUUUUUAAAUUUGUUUUGUUUUUCUAUUUCACAGGAAGGCAAACUAUUGGUGAACAAUGUUUCCUUUCCAAGUGUAGAGGAGCAUGACCAUGGUAUCUACACCUGCACCAGAUCUUACCUCUACCAUGAUCACAUUUACAACAUGACUUUUACAGUGGUCCUUGAUGUCAGACCAAACAGUAAGAAAUCACUUUUUUUUUCAUUUGAUUCCUUCUGAGGACUUGAAUAUGUUUUUGAACUGUUAUAUGUUGUUUUUUGAACUGUUAUUUCUUGGGGUUUUUUUGCACAGUAAUAUCUGGGAAGUCAGAGAUUCUUUUGCCUCAGAAGGAUGAAGUAUUUCACGUAGCUUUGGGUAAGUUUUUGUGGUACUGUUUUUUAUACAUUUACAAAAAUACACUUGGAAAUACAUUCAGAAAAGUCAUUUAUAAAAUGUAUGCUUUUGUUUAGAUACAACUGUGGUGAUUAACUGUACAGCUGCUGUAUAUUCUGAGUUUGAUGACCUGUUUUGGUUGAGUGGAACAUCAUUCCUGGAAAAGAACAACAGUUUACCCGUUUUCUACAACUAUACCAGGUAAAAACUUCACAUGAACUUACCAGCUUGUUCAUACCAAUUAGAUAAAAGAGCAACCAAUCUCGAUCUUUAAAUACCCUUUAAUGCCUGACCUUGUCUUAACAGAGAAAACACCGCUGAUGGAGUGAAGAUGACUGCAUCUUUAGUUUUUAGAAAAGUGUUGAAGGAAGAUCUUUCCAAAAGUUACACAUGUAAACUGGAGUCUGAGGAUCAACCAUCAAGCUUUGUCACCAUCUCCUUGGACCAAAAAGGUGAAUGGGAGGAUUGGACGGAUAAAAUUGUGGUUUCACUAUUUUAAGCUAUCCUAUGACUUGCAGUCACUAAAAUCACUAUAAUCGUUUAGUAGCAGCUUAGCUUCUAUCACACUGUGCUGCACCUUUAACACUACCCCAACAACAAGUGGAAACCAGAUGGCUUUCACUAACAAAUAUCUCAUUCAACACUAACAAAUCUUUCCAUUAAUGAGCUGUUUGUAUACUUUCAAAUGUUGAAAAGUACACAGUUUUUCCUGUGGAGCGCAUCCCUGUUCCCUGCAUCAAAAUCACAGCGAAUAUCAUCCGUCUACUUCUUUAGCUACAGAUUUUUUAUUUUUUAGGGUAAAGUGUCCUUUCUGUCCCUACAGCCUCUCCUUUGUCCCUCCCCUUGUCCAUUGGCAUUGUGGCCAUGAUGGGGGUGAUAGUUUUUGUAACAGCUGUUGCUUGUGUGACGUUCAAAAUGGACAUUGCCUUUGUCCUGCAAGACACCUGUUGUUGCUACCGCAGCAUCCCAGGUGGGAAUCAAGCUUCGGCUACUUAUUUCAUCACGUGAAUGAAAUACAAAUAUAUUUUUCCCAUGGGCUGUGUGGUGUAAGCAGUGUGAUCUCUGCUUGAGUGUGUGCUAAGAGCAGAGUUAUAGAGCCACUUUCAUUUGUUUUUUUCUCAGAUGGAAAGAGCCAUGAUGCCUUUUUGAUGUAUUACAAGAGCGACACAGAUGUAGGGCUAAAUGAAGAAGACAAACGCUGGCUGGAGAGUGUUUUGGAAGAUAAACUUGGUUACAGUCUCUGUCCUCAUGAGCAUAAUCUCCUUCCAAGAAGAGGUAAGCUAUUAGGGUUGAGGUAUAAACAAUUUCAAAUGUAUUGAUAAAAAAUGUAUUAAAUAUCAGUAAUUUCAUAUCUGUAAUGACGUUUUCCACAAAAUAAGUUUAACUUAUCAUCCUGUCUCCUUCCAGAUGUAGCAGAGGCAGUGUUGGACUGCGCUGCACAGAGUUGGACAGUGGUGUUGGUUCCCACCUCUGCAGAUCCUGGUCUCGAACCUGACCUACUGAAAGAAAUCCAUGCAUCUCUUGUGGAGCGGCAGACUCGUUUGGUUUUCAUCAAAACGGAGUCUGAUGAAGUGCUAGGGUCAGGUUCAGUACCAGAGGCCUCACAGCUUCUUGGUAAGGCUGAACUCUGUGUCACCUGGAAAGGUGAACACUCCAUGAGGCCCUCAUCCUCCUUCACGAAGCAGCUGUCCAAUUAUCUUUCUGCUCCACAACAUGAACCAAAAUAAUAGCUCUUACUGUAAACAGCUUCCCCAGAUGAUAAUCGCUUAACUUUUAUUUUAUGGGUUUUUCAAUUGACCCCAUGUCACUUCUUAAGACCCUCAUCAACUCUUUUAUGAGGGACUAUUUUCACACUCAUGAUGCUCUAAAACAUAUUUAUUUUAAAAAUGUACUUAAAACAAAACUACUAUGAGAGGGGCCCAAAUGCUACAAAAUCACUUGCCAGACGGCUCAGAAAGAAACAACAAUUUAAUGCAAUCCAUAAAAUUAGAGAACCCACAACUAAUACUAAAUUUUUUUUGUUCUGAGAUAACUAAAGGGGAAUGGAAAACACGAUUAAGAAACUAAAACCCAGUAUGGCACCUGGUAGCAAAGCUUCCCUCUUGAAUGGUAUAAAAUCUUGGAAAAAGAACUAAAUCCAAUUUUACCAACUUCACUUAACCAUACCUUAAAAAACAGUGCUAUACCCCCCUCAUUUAAGUUUAAAAAUGUACUUUUCUAUCAUUUGUGUAUUCUUAAACUUUUAUGUAUAAUGUUUCUAAUGUUUAAAAUCUUUAUUUUAUAUUUGUCUUGUGGAAGGGUUGCAUUUUUGAUUCACUUUUGGUGUUUUAACAAUGUUAUGUAUUUAAUGGUUUUCUGCCACCUAGUGGCGCCUUUGAGUAUGGUUUCCACAAGUUACACUAAGGCUAACACUGAGCACGGAAACGAUGCACACCUAAGGUCACUGACAGUUGAACGUAUUAAAGCUUACGUCACGUGCAACAAAUUAAAAAAAAAAAUGUGUUGAGAUUUUUUUAAGAGUCCUAUUUAUAAAACAAUGUUGUCAGAAGUCUCCUCUGACAGAAAUACUACAUUUCUUCCUUUUUUGGUGAUGGUUUGUCAGCAUCAUAAAAAAUACCCUGGGCUGGAAAUAGUAGCUACUGUAAAGAUGUGUAAUCCCUGAGAAUGCAGUAACAUUCAUUUCUAAUUAUAGCCAGUUUAUUAUUGCUGCCAUUAGAGAACCUGGUUUAGAUUUCUUGGACUUGCACCUGUAUAUCUAAGUUAUUUGGAAACAGCAAAAUAAAAAAAAUCACUCACAUUUCUUCCUCUGUGGUAGACACAUCUGUUUGUCAGCAUGCACAUGCAUUAAGAACACAAGUUUUGACACUUGAUAAGGCCAUUUUGUAAAUGAUUGACCGCCGUUCAUGGUCUUUUAAAGCUGGUUUGGUCUUUUGAAUUAUCAGACUCUUCUGUUUCAUGGCUCCUCCAUCACACCACAGCCAAAGAAAACUGCAGAUUAAUGUGAUAAUCCUACAGAUGUAUUCAGUGAAGUCUUUUUCGUUACAAACAAGGCGAACAGAUAAGUCAGUGAAGGAGUGAAUGAGCGGAAAAUAACCCCGUGAAACUCCUCUUUGGCCCGAAAGGUCGUGGUAUUUAAUUCCAGUGUGGAAACAGUCUCAUGGUUUCUGUUGUGGUUCCGGGGAUAUUCUGAUUUUUCCGAGCAAAGUUAACUGUUGGAUUCACAUGCUGACUGUGGUCUGAUCUGGUGGGGGGAAAAUGGUUAUGUAGCAUUUGUUCUUGUCACAUGGAAAAAGCAUCAGUGACCAUUGUAUUAUUAUUCCCUUCUGGCAAGCUUGAACUGUAUUUUUUCUUUCACUGGUACAAGAGUUACUUCCCUGUCUGUGCCAAAGAGCAGUAGCGCAUCGAUUGCGCCGCGUGUAACACCAAACUCUGCGAGUCUAAGCUUAUGAUUUCAAUCAUCUUUCAUAGAGGAAAAACGCCUUUACAUGUCCUCGAAUCAAUGUUUGGUAUCACCUGUACAAAAUGAACAACAUACCCCUAAUUGGUGGGUGUUUUCAUUGCACUACCAACGUGACCUUCUUCCUUAAGUUUCAGUUUACAUCAGCACGCCGCCUCGUUUGGGGAAACGUUCACUUUUAUUUCGCUCGAACUUCUUUUGUAGCAUUAUUUGCUCAGAUCACGUUUCUGGCGACGCUUCUGCUGGUUUGGCUCUCACUUUUACCGGUUAUGAUGCAGGUGAAAGUGCUCCUGGUCCCCCUGUGUCUACUCCUCGCCUCAUUGGCAGGUAAGGGAAUUCAAUCUGAGUUCAAUUGUGAAAGUGCAAGUUGAUAUGUCAUGUAUUUUAUUGCAUCAUAAAAACAUAAAAUGUCAUUUGGAAACCUUACCAGAGAGAUCAGUUAAAUUCUAUCUAAUAUAAUCAACCUGUGCUAAAGCAAAGGAGUAGCACAGGCAAACAUCCCAUAAUAUAAAGACAAUGUGCUGCUAUGACAAUUUUAAGUUGGGAUUUACGUCUAUGAAAUGCAUGUUACUCAAUAUUUUGCUCUAGAAGUUUGUGGAAACCAGGUCAGAUUUCUCUGUGACAGCAAAUCACAGAGCAGAAACUUUCUCUCUCAUGAGAAAAAAAAGUGAUGCUUCAAAAUGGUUCCAUCACACCACAGUAAAACUCCUCAUUUUGUUGUCCCAUAGUGUUAGUUUUUAUCAGCAGUGAUCUUCAAUGCAGUGUAGUUCAUUUUGUCUUUAUCGUAAUACCACCUUCCUACAGUUUAAAACUGAAUUGAUAUGAAUUUGCUCCCAAAUGGUGAAGAACUAUAAGACAGUGAAGACUCCACUCAUGGUUCUACAAGUACUCCAAAACUGUACUCAGAGAAUCUAAGCAUAACCAAGAAAAAGCUGCUUCUGAUCGUUCCAUCCAUCUAGAUCCUGUUUGCAGCUGUUUACUGUCUUGUGCUGUGCAGAUUUGACCAUAAAUCUCAUGCAAUAAUUACCCUUGCUAGCAUUUCACAAUUACAAAAUACAAAACAUUAGUUAGUAUUUGUCUACUUCUCUAAAAGAGAUGGCUAUUCCUAACAUCAUUGCUGACAUCUGACUUAGUUUCCUUUCAACUGAAAUCAUAAGACUUAUUCACACCCAAAAAUCAGGAUGUGGUCAGUUCAGCAACAAGUCAGUUCACAAACACAUCUAGAUGUUAGAGCCGUCGAGAUUCAAGAUAAAUAUAGCGUAACACUUCACAAUAACCAUAACCUAUGAAUGGUAAAACAACCAUUUAUAAAUGGUUAGUAGAUAGUUUAUUAAUGUUUAAUCAUCAUUUAUAAACAGCAUAUAGACAGUUAAUAAAUUGUAAAUUUCAUAAUUUUAAAAACCUAACCCCAACCCUAACUUUACAAUAACCACCUAAAUAAUGUUUAUAGGUGGUUUAAAAACCAAAUAUUAACCAUUUACAAAGUGCUACUGACACACAUUUUAAUCUAGAUGUUAUACAACCAAUAUUUAGACCCUAUAUAAACUUUUAGUAAAUAGUCCAUUAAUAAUUAAUGAAAUUAUUCAUCAUAAUUUAAUUUCUUGUUAAUGGUAAAGUAACUGUUAACUUACAUAAAUAAACGAUCUAUUUGCCAUUUAUAAUUGGUCUAUAUGCUGUUUUUAAAUGUUGAUUAAACAUUAAUAAACUAUUUAUUUACCAUUUAUAAAUCAUUGUUAUUGUAAAGUGUUACCAAAUAUAAAGAUUUUGAAUAUGAUCUUGUAGUCCAACAGAUUAAUACAUCCAGCUAAUUCAUAGUAAAAGUGUAAUGGACAACAGCCGUUUUAUAUUGUUUGCUCAUACAUAGGAGGACAUUUGAUAAUUUGAUUUUGCAAGAUUUAUUGAAAGAGUUGAACAUUUCUGUGAGAAAUAAUAAUAGACAGGUGGCAGUUCAGUCACAGAGCAGUGGCUAUCCCAAAAUUAAUCAUGUUUUACAACCUAACAUAAACUUAAAACUAAAACUUAUUUGCAGGUGUGUGUUCCUUGGGACCCAAAAACAUAAGUGUGGAGGCAAAUGAGAUGGUGGCGCUGCAGUGUAAUGGAGCAGAAAAUCAAAGUGGUGCCAAAGUGAUCUGGACCAGUCCCAACACGAAGGAGAGGGAACUGAGCAGCGACAUGUCCUCGGCAGAGCAGAGGCAGGCAGGUGUGCUGCUCUAUGGAAGGAGUCUGGUUAUACUCAGCGCGAAUGUGAGCCAUCAGGGGAAUUACUCAUGCUCUCUGAGGUACAGGCAGUUCUUUGCAAGAGUGUAAAAAUUUGACAAAAAUAUAAGAUUUAUGUGCAUUUUGAACUCUCUAACUGCAUUCAGUAUUCAUGUUAAUUGUAUGACAGCUCUCACACACUGAAUGUUUUGAAAGGGGACGGUGCUGGGAAUUCACAAACUAAACAGGAACAGGCCUCGAAGUUUGAGAGUGGAGAGUUUAGGUUUAGGCAGUAGUCCAUCUGAGUUACCUAAAACCUGCAACCUUGUUAUUGGUGACUGCGUGGAUUAAAGCUACUGGAAAGAGUUUUUUGAUAUUAUGAAAUAGACUAAAAUUUAUAUUGAUGCCUUUUCAUGUUAAUCAAAAACAAACAAGACUAAUGGUGUCAAGGUUGAUAAUUUGUAUAUUGUCAUUUUUAUUACUGGAAACAGGUACAGGAGGGGUAGAUGUUAGCUGAGCAGCUAAAAAAAGUCACUGUUUUUACACUUUUCACAUAAGAUAUUCAUAAUCAAUAAUACUUUGACUGUCAAAGGUCAGCAGGACAAGAUUUUUGUCAAAGGACACUACUCAAGCAUGUGACGGACAAGUUAACUAAAGACUGCAUUGACCACAGGCGCCGCCCUAGUUGACAAAAAAUCAGAUGUUCCUCACAGGAGCUUUAAAGAAUGGAGAUUGAUUGAGAAGAAGUCUAUUUGAGCAGCUCAGUAAACAAAUCACUUUAGGUUUUAAUCUCAAAUUUACCAACUUUCAAUAUUAAAUUAUGUUCAUUUUUGAAUACAUAGAAAAUGACCCAAGGUUAGCUUUUGGUUAUACUAUAUCUGUAACCAGUACAAGCUAUUAUUUCAGUUAGGAUAGAGGUGUUUCAAUACAUGUUUAUCCAUUUUUUAUUUUAUUUUAUCGUAAAUAGUCUUACUUUUGCACAAAAACAAAGAUGCCACAAUGCAAGACUGACGACCCCAAAAUGGUGAUCCACAAAAAUACUGGUGUAAAUAAGUAUUUUCAAACAGUCAUUGGUUCUCAUUCAGUUGAUACAAAAAUAUCCUUCAUGUUUUUCUUUUAAGGCAUAACAGGACUUCUAUGAGCCAGACCUGGUUCAGGCUGAGGGUUUACACAACGCAGAGCAGAGAGUAUGAAGAGAAGCCCACAUACCCUACAACAUGUUACAUUCCGGAGUCCUGCACGUUGUAUUGUCCUGAUGCUAAUACCCCUGAUGUGGCUACACCAAAUAUCACCAGCAAUGGCGUCAUAUGGCAAAAGGUAUUAAAAGAAAGUGUCAGAAUGUGAUUGAAUUAUCUGAAAAAUACAGAUGUGUGGGCGAGUGAUUCUCCAUGAAAUAUUAUCACAUAUCUACUGUAAUUACUUCAGCUUUAUUUUUUCUAUCAUGUAGGAAGGAGAGUCAAUGCUGAAUCAUGAGGACUCCAUUACUUACUUAAGUGUGGAGGAGAAUCACCAUGGUGUCUACAUCUGUACUAGGUCUUACCUGUAUCUUGAUCAAACAUAUAACAUGACCUUUAAGGCGGUCCUUGAUGUCCGACCAAACAGUAAGGAAAAAAAACUCUGACAAUUUAAUCGUUACAGAUGUUUUCUUUUUCCAAAAGUAAUUUCUAACUUUCUCUCUUUUUUUUUUUUAAAUAGACAAGUCGGAGAAAUCUGCAGUGAUCAUUUUACCCAACGAUGGUGAUGUAGUUCAUGUCGAUUUGGGUGAGCCUGUUCAAGCCUGUUCAGUUUCUCUUUGCACUUUUUUAAAUGUUGACAACCUUUUUGAAAGUUUACUUUAAAAUUUUAUAUGAAACUCCCUUUUCUAGGCUCAUCAGUGGUAAUACCCUGUAAAGCAGCGACAUUUUCAGACCAUGAUUCUCUGUUUUGGUUGAGUGGUGAUUCAUUUGUAGACGAGGACAAAAGUUUGCCUUUUUUCUCCAACAUAACAAGGUAAAACAGUCCACACAGUUGUUUGUUUCCUGAAGCUGUUUUCCAUUUAUUCUGGGGCUUGGACUUAUGUUAUAUUAUAGAUUCAGUGUUAUAAAAAAACAGUCAACAUGUGCAACAAUAUUUUUCUAUUCCUUUUCAGCGAAACUAAUCGUGAGCGAAAAAUCAUAAUAAAUUCACUUAUCAUUAAAAAAGUGACAAAGGAGCUUUUAUCUAAGAACUACACAUGUAAACUGGACUCUGAGGACCGACCCUCGACUUUUGUCACCAUCACCUUGGCCCAAAAAGGUAGAUGCAGUGGAUGGAUGUUUUCUGAUGUAUGUUCAGUUGCUCUACCUCUGCCAUCCACCAUAUUAGUCAUUUAUAAAUUCAUUUAUAAAUUCAUUUACAGACAGUUAAAAUGUUUUAAAACUGCUGUUUUUUCUUUCGAUCUGUCCUUAUAGCCCGUCCCUCCUAUGCUUCCCUGGCUGCUGGCAUUGUCUGCACUGUGAUGGCGAUGGUUUUGAUGACAGUCAUCUAUGUAAAGUUCAAAAUUAACAUCACUCUUCUUCUACGGGACACUCUUGGCUGCCAUAGAAACGCCUCAGGUAUGUGUUUUAUUUUUCCAACAAAUUCUGCUCGGAGGACUGUUGUUGGUGUAUGUGUUAGGGAUAUUUAAGGUACCAGCUUGUCACCUUUGUCAAGACAGGGGUCAACUGUGCCAUGUAGAUUAGCAAUUUUGAAGAAACUCCUCCCUAAACAAUGUUGAUGUUCUUGUACAUUCAAUUUUGAGUUUUUCAUAGUUCAACUUUGCUGUGAAGAAGCUCAUUUGUGUUUGUACUAUUCAUGGAUACAACACGUGUUUUCCACUUUCCCUUAAACAGAUCCACAUUUGUGCUUUUUGAAAGUCUGUGAAAAACCUUUUUGUUCUGCUUUAUUAUGUUUGUUUAGAUGGAAAGAGCUAUGAUGCCUUUUUGAUGUGUUACAAGAACAACACAGAUGCAGGACUAAAUGAAGAGGACAGAGACCUGCUGGAAAAGGUUUUGGAGGAGAAAUUUGGUUAUAGUCUCUGUCUGUAUGAUCGUGAUGUCCCACCUGGUAAAGGUAUGUGUUUGAGAUACACUUAAACCUGCUUUAUAAACUUAAUAAGCGAAUGUAUAAUCUGAAAUCUGGUCAUUUCAGCUGUAGCAGAUGCAGUGUUGGACUGUAUAAUGCAGAGCCGAACAGUGGUUCUGGUUCCCACCUCUGCAGAUCCUGGUCUUGAAUCUGGUCUUCUGAGUGUCAUCCAUUCAGCCCUUGUCGAAAGAGAGACUCGUUUGGUUUUUAUCACAACUGAGUCAAAAGAAGAGUUGAAGUCAGGUUCAGUAUCGGAGGCCUUGCAGUUUCUCAGUGAUGCAGGAGACUAUGUCACCUGGAGAGGCAAACGCUCCAUGUCGCUCUCCUCGUUCUUCUGGAAGCAGCUACGGUAUCACCUUCCUGCCCUGAAACAUACUCGUAAAAUAAGCCCAAUUUCCCAGAGAGUUUAG